CGUGCGUGCGCGCCCGCCAGCCGGGUCCCCGUGCGGCGGCGGCAGCAGCGCGAGGCCGAGGCUGUUGUUUACGGGAGCAGCAGGAGGACGGCGGAGGCCUCCCGCCAUUUCAGCGCCCUCCUCCCCUCAGGGGGUGAUCCUGUGCGCGCGGAGCCGCUUUGUGCGCGGGCAGGGCGCGAGGACGACGCGGAGGAGGGGGGCAGCAGCAGCCCUCCAUUCAUCGUCCCCCGGGGCCCGGCUCUUCGUCUUCUUUUUUUUUGUUGUUGUUUUUUCAUUUAAUUGAAGAAUAAUUGUGCGGGGGAGGGGCACCACCCUUGAUUGAUUUUUUUGUUGUUGUUGUUAUUUUUUGGAGGAGGAGCGGGGUGAAAAUGGAGGCUGAGGAUGCCCCGCGCCGCCUCCCGCUCGCAGCCGGGCGCCGGGGCUCCCCGCCCGCCGCGCUGACCUGAUCCGCCGCGUGUCGGCUUAUUUAUUGGGGAAGCUUUUUGGUUUUUGUUUUUUUUUGGUUGGAGGGGAAGGGUUGUCUUUCCUCCCCUCCCCCUCAUUUUGGGGCUUUUUUUUUUUUUAAAUAUAUAUUUAUUUUUUAAGUGUUUUUUUUUUUUUCCUCCCCCCCUCUCCCCACCGUUUGUUUGUUUUUGUUUUGUUUCUGGGAACGGGGGGUUUUGUCCGUCGCAAAGGAAAAGGAAUGAAGCCUGGCGCCGCACCGGGGUCCCUCGCCUUGCUCUGGGGGCUGCUGCUGGGCUGCGCCGCGCUCUGCCUCUGCCCGGCCAGUGGAGAGAUUUGUGGGCCAAAUGUUGACAUUCGCAAUGAUAUCCAUGAGCUGAGGCGUCUUGAGAACUGCACAGUUGUUGAGGGUUUCCUGCAGAUCCUGCUCAUCUCCAAGGCAGACGACUACCGCAACUUCCGCUUCCCAAAGCUCACCAUGAUCACCGACUACUUGCUGCUGUUCCGUGUGGCAGGCUUGGAGAGCCUCAGCGAUCUCUUUCCCAACCUCACGGUCAUCCGUGGGAGGAACCUCUUCUACAACUAUGCCUUGGUUAUCUUUGAGAUGACAAACCUCAAAGAAAUUGGGCUUCACAACCUGAGGAACAUCACCCGAGGGGCCAUUCGGAUUGAGAAGAACUCUGACCUGUGUUACCUCUCCACGGUGGACUGGUCUCUGAUCCUAGACGCAGUGUCCAACAACUACAUUGUUGGGAAUAAGCCUCCAAAGGAGUGUGGGGACUUGUGUCCAGGGACGAUGGAAGAGAAACCAUUGUGUGAGAAGACAUCCAUUAACAAUGAGUACAACUAUCGCUGCUGGACCACCAACCACUGCCAGAAAAUGUGCCCCAGCUCUUGUGGCAAGCGAGCCUGCACAGACCAGAACGAAUGUUGCCACCCCGAGUGCUUGGGAAGCUGCACUGCGCCCGACAACAACACGGCUUGCGUGGCCUGCCGCAAUUACUUCAGCAACGGAGUCUGCGUGCCCGUUUGCCCCCCCAACACCUACAAGUUCGAAGGCUGGCGCUGUGUCACCAAAGAAGAGUGCGCCGAAGUCCCUACCUCAGAGCUAAGUGAAUACGAGAGGUUUGUGAUCCACAAUGACGAGUGCAUGGCCGAGUGUCCCUCUGGAUUCAUACGCAAUGGGAGCCAAAGCAUGUUCUGCAGCCCUUGCGAAGGGCCUUGCCCAAAAAUCUGUGAGGAGGAGAAAACGAAGACCAUUGAUUCUGUCACAUCAGCGCAGAUGUUGCAGGGGUGCACUGUCCUCAAGGGGAAUCUGCUUAUUAACAUCCGCCGUGGGAAUAAUAUUGCUUCAGAGCUGGAGAAUUUCAUGGGCCUGAUUGAGACGGUCACUGGGUAUGUGAAGAUUCGCCAUUCGCAUGCACUGGUUUCCUUAUCUUUCCUAAAGAAUCUCCGGUAUAUUUUGGGAGAGGAACAGCUGGAUGGGAAUUACUCUUUCUAUGUUCUGGACAACCAGAAUUUGCAGCAGCUGUGGGACUGGAACCACCACAAUUUGACCAUCAAGGAAGGCAAAAUGUACUUUGCAUUUAAUCCCAAGCUGUGUGUUUCUGAAAUUUACCGCAUGGAGGAUGUGUCGGGAACCAAGGGGCGGCAGAGCAAAGGAGAUAUAAAUCCCAGGAACAAUGGUGAAAGAGCCUCUUGUGAAAGCCACAUUCUGCGCUUUGUCUCCAACACCACCCUGAAGAACCGCAUUAAGUUGACCUGGGAACGAUACCGCCCUCCAGAUUACAGAGACCUUAUUAGCUUCACUGUGUACUACAAAGAGGCACCGUUCAAGAAUGUGACAGAGUAUGAUGGGCAGGAUGCGUGCGGCUCAAACAGCUGGAACAUGGUGGAUGUCGACCUGCCCCCAAACAAAGAGAACAACCCUGGGAUUUUGCUGCAGGGACUGAAACCUUGGACUCAAUAUGCCAUUUAUGUCAAGGCUGUUACCCUCACAAUGAUGGAGAACCACCACAUUCACGGAGCCAAGAGCGAGAUUGUGUAUAUACGCACCAAUGCUGCAGUGCCGUCUAUCCCUCUGGAUGUUAUUUCCGCAUCCAACUCUUCUUCCCAACUCAUUGUGAAAUGGAAUCCACCCUCUCUCCCCAAUGGCAACCUGUCUUAUUAUAUUGUUCGAUGGCAACAACAGCCCCAGGACAGUUACCUUUACCGGCACAACUACUGCUCCAAAGAUAAAGUCCCUAUUCGGAGAUAUGCUGAUGGGACCAUUGAUACAGAAGAAGCUACUGAGCCCACCAAGCCAGAGGGCUGUGGGGGAGAGAAAGGACCUUGCUGUGCCUGUCCCAAGACAGAGGCAGAAAAACAAGCAGAGAAGGAGGAGGCAGAGUACCGGAAAGUCUUUGAGAACUUCCUCCAUAACUCCAUCUUUGUCCCCAGACCUGACCGGAAGCGCAGGGACGUGUUUCGAGUUGCAAAUGCUACUCUUGCCAGUAGGAACAGGAACACGACAGGGACUGAUCACUUUGCUAAUGCUUCUGAUGCGGAGGAGAGUGAAAUGGAGUACCCCUUCUAUGAGACCAAAGUGGAAGGCAAGGAGAGGACUGUGAUCUCCCACCUCCAGCCUUUUACUCUUUACCGGAUUGAUAUUCACAGCUGCAACCAUGAAGCGGAGACCCUUGGCUGCAGUGCUUCCAACUUUGUCUUUGCAAGAACCAUGCCUGCAGAAGGAGCAGAUAACAUUCCAGGAGCAGUAACGUGGGAAGUGAAAGAAGAAAACACCAUCUACCUGAAGUGGUCAGAACCAGCAACCCCAAAUGGGUUGAUACUCAUGUACGAAAUCAAAUAUGGGCAACAUGGAGAGGAGAAGCGGGAAUGUGUUUCUAGGCAGGAAUACAAGAAGCUUGGAGGAGCAAAACUAACCCAUCUGAACCCUGGAAACUUUUCUGCCAGGGUGCAGGCCACUUCUUUGGCUGGCAAUGGGUCCUGGACUGAGCCGGUAUCUUUCUACGUACAGCCCAAACCAGCAGAGUAUGGGAACUUCUUGCACUUGAUCAUUGCGCUCCCCAUAGCGGUUCUGCUGAUCAUUGGAGGGCUGAUGAUAAUGCUGUAUGUCUUUAACAAAAAGAGGAACAGUGACAGAUUGGGAAAUGGAGUGCUGUAUGCUUCUGUGAACCCCGAGUACUUCAGUGCUUCCGAUGUGUAUGUUCCCGAUGAGUGGGAAGUGCCUCGCGAGAAGAUCACCAUGUGCCGGGAGCUUGGGCAGGGCUCCUUUGGAAUGGUAUAUGAGGGGAUAGCAAAGGGCGUGGUGAAGGACGAGCCAGAAACUCGGGUGGCCAUCAAAACGGUCAACGAGUCUGCCAGCAUGCGGGAGCGGAUCGAGUUCCUAAACGAGGCCUCAGUGAUGAAGGAGUUCAACUGCCACCACGUGGUACGGUUGCUUGGAGUCGUCUCUCAAGGCCAACCUACUCUGGUUAUUAUGGAACUGAUGACACGCGGGGAUCUCAAGAGCUACCUGAGGUCUCUGCGGCCAGACACUGAGAAUAACCCUGGCCAGGCGCCUCCAACUCUGAAGAAGAUGAUUCAGAUGGCAGGAGAGAUCGCAGACGGCAUGGCUUACCUCAACGCCAACAAAUUUGUUCACAGGGAUCUUGCUGCAAGAAAUUGCAUGGUGGCUGAAGACUUCACUGUGAAAAUUGGAGAUUUUGGCAUGACGAGAGAUAUAUAUGAGACAGAUUAUUAUCGGAAAGGAGGGAAAGGCUUGCUGCCGGUCCGCUGGAUGUCCCCGGAAUCACUGAAGGAUGGCGUCUUCACAACGCACUCUGAUGUCUGGUCCUUCGGUGUCGUCCUUUGGGAGAUUGCAACGUUAGCAGAGCAGCCGUACCAAGGCAUGUCCAACGAGCAAGUUCUCCGCUUUGUGAUGGAGGGAGGCCUGCUAGACAAACCAGACAACUGUCCUGAUAUGCUGUUUGAGUUGAUGCGCAUGUGCUGGCAGUACAACCCCAAAAUGAGGCCCUCCUUCCUGGAAAUCAUCGGUAGCAUUAAAGACGAGCUGGACCCAGCCUUCAAAGAGGUCUCCUUCUUCUACAGUGAAGAGAACAAGCCCCCUGACACGGAGGAGCUUGACCUGGAGACUGAAAACAUGGAGAGCAUUCCUUUAGACCCCUCCUCCACCCUCCAACCCACUGACAAGCACUCAGGACACAAAGCUGAGAAUGGCCCAGGCGUGGUGGUCCUGCGGGCCACCUUCGAGGAGAGACAGCCGUACGCACACAUGAACGGGGGACGCAAGAAUGAAAGGGCCUUGCCUUUGCCCCAGUCUUCGGCCUGCUGAUCCUUAGUACAAGAGUCUCUCGCCCACACACCCACCCACACGCACGCAAUUGAGGGAAGAAAGAAAGAAAAUUACAAUAUAUUCAAAAGCCUACUGUACCUCAGUGGAUCUUCAGAACUGCCAUAGCUGCACACAGGAGAAUCCUCUUUUCAGUCGACAUGUUCUAGUUUUUUCUUUUUUUCAAUAUGCAAGCAGAUGUUUGUUUCGGUAAUGGACUCCGCUCAUGGGGCGCACAGUUGGCCUUUUAAAACGCUAAUGUUAACACUUCAUAGCAACAGAAAAUCUUGAGAUCCAAUGUCUCUCUUUCUCUCUCUCUUUCUUUCUCUCUCUCUCCCUCCUCAUCCACCCUCUUCUUUCUGUCUCUCUCUGUCUCUCUCUGCUUCAUAAUGGGAAACAUAUCUGCGUGCAAGUUCAACCUUACAACACAGGCUAGGUGCCUCCCCGGUAGCCCUCACAAACACCUGCCUAACACUGUAGGUCUUUAUAAAAACCGAAUUUAAAAGAAAAAAAAAAAAGACUGGAUUUUUAAUGUUGCUCUUUAACCUUUUUAGGAACAUGUAAAAGAAUUAAAAAGGGCCAUCAUUCAUCCAAGGUUGUUACCAUUUUCAACGCUGCCAAAUUUUGCCAAAAAACUGAACUUUUAUUUGUUUUUUGUAGGCAUGGAAAGGAGCACAGUAACCAGCUGCUCUAUUUAAAGGAAAUACUGACCAAUACACUCCAUUCAAUCAUACACUGGUAUUUAAAAAAAAAAAAAAAAUCAAAUUUGUCUAGAUCUUUUUUUUUUUUUUUAAACUGGACAAAAAACAAAUUUUUUUUCUCAUGAUGGAGAAGACGGGGUGGGGUUUAGAAUCAGCCCUCCCCGCCACCCCAACACCCACCCUUACGAAUUCUGGACAAAACUGGCAGUGGUGAGCCAAACAUGCAUUUCGUGCAAAAAGUCAAUCGCACGCCAAAAAUCAAUACAGUAAACAGACGAACCGGAAGGGAUCUCCGUCGUGGCAGCCUGCCUUCCUUCGCAGGCUUGCAGGAAAGCGCACGUAGAAACACACAAAUUGGAGAUGACAGAAAGCAGUAAGCGGAUUCAAGCAUCCGGCGCUUUGUUGCCCUUUUCUCUCUGUUAUUAAGACUUCUCGAAGGGUCUUGCAGUUCUAUGUUAGACCAUGGAUCAUUUGCAUACACAUUGUCUUUUGUGUCACUUUUAUAACUUUUUUACGGUUCAGAUACUCAUCUAUAUGUCUGUACAGAAAGAAGCUGCUAUUUUUUUUGUUCUUUAUCUUUGUGGAUUUAAUCUAUGAAAACCUUCAGGUCUGCCCUCCUUCCCUUCCCCCCCCUCCCCCCUUUCCGACAAAUUUCUUAUGCUUUGUACUAUAGUGUGUAACUUUUACUUCCUCCUUCCCAGUAACGGAUACCUUUCAUAUGAUUUGCCAUGAACUGUUUAAUGCCUUUUUAUAAACACAUUUCCUCCUUUUUUUUCCCAUUAGUUGUUUUCCAACAUCUUGGCUGUGUGGGUUACAGGGCUCUUGAGGGAUCGGAGGAGAAGGGGGACACAUGACUGGUAGCACUCCCGCGAUACUGUGUCGUGGUGGUUCUUUUUAAUUCCCCAGCCUCCUUCCUUCCCGCUAACCUCCACCCAAACAGCACUCGAGUCUGUUACAGUGCAAGGCAUGAUACAAACUCAGGUCAGAAAAAAAAAAGGUUAAAUAUUUAGUACAUUCUUGUUCAGUGUUCAUAAUGAUCAUUGUACAAGAGUCUCACCCCCUCCUUCCCUUGCCUUUUGUUUUGGUUGUGACACACACACAGAUACACGCACGCACACUCGCACAUUUUUUUAAUUGUUGGGUACAACAGUAGACACCAGGCUUUUGGGUCACUAUUUUCUAAAACCGAAUAUUAAAACCCUUCCAUCCCAUGAACAACAGCUAAAUUGGUUGCUGCUGAUGGUGCCAGGGUUUUCUGAGACUCUGGCCAUUUAAAAUGCUUUGACCCAGCAGCCCCCUAGCCACUCGCCUUCCCAAUAAGCAAACGUUCAGGGGCCGCGUUCUGGGCUAUACCUUGCUUGAGCUCUCCAAAUGCAAUGACAUGAAGUUCAGAUCAUGUGGGGGGAGGGCCAGCGUGUUCUCCAGUGGCCGGGGGCUGCCAAAUUUGCUAGCAAAUGGAGAAAUGUUGGCAGCUACUGAGGUUUGUAUGAGUACAAGCUCAUUGCUCAGACCAAACUCCACAAUGAGAGAGAGAUUUGCUUGCUCGAUCAGUUCCAGAAGCCUUGGUGAAUUGUGGGACAGUGAUGGAGGGGGCCAUGAUGAUGUCUAGAACCAAGGAGCCAUGCCCGUUACUCAUCUUAACUUAGUUAUAGCAUGUAAACCCUUGUUUAGCACUGAUUCAACCAAAUGAUGGCAGUAGAGAUUGUCCUGGGAUGGAAAUGUUUAAAUUUUUUGAGUAAGAACAAGAAUUAAAAUAUACUGAUUGCUAGUUGUGACCGGAGGUUUAAAAAAAAAUGUUUGUAGUGCAUUUUGCUUGUGUAGUUUUAGGUCCCGCUAUCUUCUCUUGCUUCUGUCCCAUAGUUAUUUUUCCCUUUAAAAAAAAAUGAAAAAGACAAAAAAAAGUUUAAUUAAGAAGGUAUUCUAUGUAGGAUUUUUUAUUUAUUUUGUGAUAUCAGUUUAAAUCACUGUAGAGAUGCCCCAUAAUUAAAUUUAAAUACUGAGAUAAGGGUUUUUGAGUAUGACAGGGGGACAGUUUUUGAUUUUUUUCAAACAUUUAUCUACCUCACUCUUAUUUUUUUAUAUGUGUAUAUAUAUAAAAAAAAUACAUCUCACAUUUCUCAGCAGCCAAUAAACGCCGUUAAUACUGGUAACCUCUUACUCCACAAACCACACACUCUAGGUUUUGGAGAGGAGCAGUCACUACUUAUUGCAGAAGGUCACUUCAGAAGAUUUUUUUUUUUCCUCCCCUCAAAUUAUUGCCCAUCGCUCCUGCCCCCACCUGUUUUUGCUAGUAUUUUCUCCACUUGAAGACGUAUUGAUUUGUAGGGGUGGGAGACACCCGAGAGGAGUCUGACUUCUGACGCCCAUUCUUUGAGGAAUCUCAGAAGCGACUGAAUGCAUUGUCACUGCAAUCAGAGUUCAUCAAAGUGUAAUACAUCAAGCUGAGCAGAGCCAUCACUGGCUGUGACGUGAGCUCUGAAUGAUCAGCUUCGUUACAGAAAGUAGCUGUUUACAAUAUUCGAAGGUCCACGCUGGCUAGACCGAGGUAAACGGCCUUUCUGUUAAUCCUGUUGAGUGGGCUAAGUCAUUGCUGCCAAUUUUUCUCAGAUGCCACAAGCACCAGAAGGGACAUCAGAGUGAUUCAUUGCCUAAAAAUAAAUUGGAGCCUUCUUCCUUGAUCAAUCCAACCAUGAAAAAUCCCUUGGGCUACCUGAUAGUAACACUAGACUGAGUUUACAACUUUGGAUCUUUUACGUUUGCUGCUGCUUUUUGGUGAGAACACUGAUUUCUCAAAACGUAGGCAAAAUCCAAAAUUUGACUGUGCCAGUAUAAAUGCAGUCCCUCUCCACGCACGUCGGCCCCGUGGGUGCUGAUGGACCAGCCAUCAAACCGUAACUUCCCUCCGACCGUGUGCGACUGGUUUACAAGCAGCCUGCCAUCAACUUGAUGUAUAAUGUUUCUCUUUUUCUGAGUCUGGCAGCUGUUCAUGCAGGUGUUGGUUGUGGUAUCUGACUAAUGUGGUGCUUGGCUACUUUGAGAUGUGCAUGGCCUCUUGAGUAUACAGUGCUGCGGUUAAGUACUGCAGAGUUUGUCUUUGGAGGGAGCAUUUCCCUGUAACCCCAGAAAACCACCAGAAUUUCAGAUUCUCUGGGUUUUCUUUUGUUUUUGGAUUUUCUUAACUUCCCUGUGACCUUCUGGUCUAGUGACCGCUCCCCUCUCUUGCACAUACUGAUUUCCACAACUGGAGAUCCUCAGAUCUUUCAGCUGGCUAUGAGGGUUUUGUUAAAACUGUCCAAGUUAUUGGUUUUUAAUUGUACGUAGGUGGUUAAAAAAUUAGGAAAAAACAGUAACAAAGUAGUGCCCAUCAUAAAUAAACAUUUCAAAAGCACUUAAAUGAAAGGCAGUCACGUGACUAAAAGUAUGCAUGUGUGAUGACAAAGUCAGCUCUCUUGGACCAAACCACCUUAUCUUAUACCAUUGUGUUCACAUUUCUAGGCUAAUUCCAUUUUUGGUUCCCACCGCUCUUUUCUUGUUGUUUUGUGUGUGUGCAUUCUGAAUAGCUUUAUCCACAAUGUUCUUCAUGUAGAGACCUCCCUUUGACAGUAAAUCACAUUGUCUAUGCAUGUGAACACCUGAAAAUUUAAUGUUGGCUUGAUAUAGAAAUAAAAUGGUUUUGCAAUGCUGUCUUUUCCUGAGAGACCACUGGCUAGCCUGGUAUGGAGAAUUUAUUUAGAACUUCAGCUGUGCUUGAAUGCAUUUUUGUUAGUAACCCAAUUUGUGUUUAGAAUUGAAAACAACCCCCCCAAACAAGCAUUCUGACAAAGGGUACCAAGAUAUUGUAAUACAACACGAUAACCAGUUGGCAUCACAAAGGGAGCAAGAAGCUUUGAUUUCAAGUACUUUGGCCAUUCUUCUCACCUGACUUUGUCAUUGUUAAACCUUUCCAGUGGUACAGAAGGUGGUUUGGUUGCAAAGGAAGGUGACUUGUGUAAAUACAGAAUUGUCACACGCUUGGUACUAGAUAUGACAUUCUUCUGUUGGGAUGAUAAACUAUACAUAGAAACCAAGUCCGAUGGAAAACUUGAGGCCAGCCUGUGUUUCCACCAAGCCUCUUUCUCGGUGUGACGCCUCUGUUCGGUAAAGCUGGUUUUAAGUGAUGUACGACUCUAGAUUCAUUCGCACUGAUGCUCCUGUUGGUGUUUUAAAAAAACAAGUAGCCCAGUUUGCCCAGGAUGACUGGUCACCAGAUGGAACUGCUGUUGGGUCCUCUGGGAACUGCUGAGGGUUGUUUUAAUGCAAUCCAAGUCUAAAUGAACAGUACGCCUAUUGGUGGUGUAACUUCAUUCAUAUAUAUGAUGUAUUUUUUUUUUAAACCCCUUUUCAUUCCAUUAGUAAAAGUAAUGUUUUUUUUUUUCUGUUACUGUUUUAUUUUGUUUGUCAUAGAUGUAUUUAAUCACUGGGCUAAGCAACAGCAGGGGAAGGUGCGAGAGAUCCACUCCUUAUUAACCAGUGAUAAAAGCCAGAUAUCACAACUCAGCUCCAAGUAGUUGGUGCAGAUCAGAGUUAUAAAGGAAGGACAAUACGUAGGUUAAACACUAGCGACCAGAGGUGCUGAAGAUACAGAACUGUCACUAGACCAGAAGGCUUCAGCUGGUGCCUAAGCUCAGAAAACGGGUUGUUCUGAGACGAGGCACUUUUACAUUACUCUGUGUGGAUUUAAGAGCACAACCAGGUCACUGAGAAUUUUAAGGGAUAAUGGCAAGAGAUGCUGAAAAACGAGGGUGGAAACUGCUAUGUACGAAGACACAGGGCUCGGGUUCCCUGAGCUUGGGAUGUGGGAUGACAUCAAUGCUCAGGCAUAACGGCUCCUAAUCAUUUGGUACUUGUAAAUAAACCUCUUGGCUUCCAUCUGCGGUGGUCGGUUCAUUAUCCGGAGGUUUACAGAUGUUGUCAUUGGUUGGUAUGAGUUGCAGUGUCUCAACUUUCCAUCAGUCUGUUUUGCAAGUACCACGUGACUAUCACUAGUUUGUGUGUGCGCGCGCAUGUGUGCAUCUUUUUUUGUAUGUGUUACGUUGAUUAGCAACCAUUAGCAUUUUCAAUAGGGCUUUUAAGUCCAGUAGAUUACGGGUAGUCAGUUGACAAAGAUCUGGUUUACAAGAACUAAUUAAAUGUUUCAUUGCAUUUUGUAAGUACAUAGAAUAAUUUUAUAAAAUGUUUGUAGUUUAUAAAUGCCUAAAAUAUAAUUUAAAGGCACUUUUCUGUGUGUGGGUGUGUCUGUCUGAUCAGUUUUUUGACAGUACCAGUUUACUAGUUAGCUUUACAAUAUGCCAAAAAAGAUUGUUAAGUUUUUCAACUCACGGUUCAUCCCUUUUUUCUCAAGCUUUGUGUCCCAGUGUAUAGGAAAUGAAUAAAGAGGUUGGGGAAGUGUUCUGUAUCUUCAGUAUCCUGGUCUUCCAGAACCCUCUGGUUUGGGUGGGAUCAUCUUAACUGGUCAUUUCACUUUACUGUACAGUGCAGUUAACUUGAUGGAUUGCAAGAACCUCAUUGGUUAUGGAAACAGAAUAGGUAUUGCUGCUAAGCAGUCUUGGUUGUUGGUCAGGGCUUAUUUUAUGGUUGCCAGGUGGGUUAAAGAAUGUGACUGCGUAAAAAGCAUCACGAAAGGCAGUUUUCAUAAUUAUCAUUGAAUUUUUAAAAAGUAUGUUUACAGAUUUCUUAUAAUUUAAAAUGAUGGUUUUUUGUAUGCAACCUACACAGCGCAUAUAGAUACCUAACACCAUUUAAAAGUCUUUUGAAACAAACAAGGAAGGUCCCUAUUUAUUUUUAUUUAAGAAUACUGAAGAUCCCAUUUUCCUUCUGAAUUAGAUUGAACGUUACACCUUCCACCCCACCUUCUGAAGGGUUAAUGAUGGUUUAGAUGCAUUUUAAGAAUCAACCUUCUGUUUUCUAAACCAGUGAGGUUUGAGAGGAAAGGAUUGGCCAGAGUUUGUCUACCUCUGGGACAAAAACAAAACUAGAAAGCGCAAUGGAACUGAUGCAGUUGCAAAUACAACAUUUUCCAAGUUUUCUUGUUUAAAAAAAAAAAACAAAAAAAAAUUUUUUUUUAAAAAAGAGAAAAAAAAAUUAAAACAGUAAUAACAUGGCCAAUUUAUUACAUAAAAAGACUUGCUGUGUGUAAAUUAUUCCUAAAGAAAUUCCUGUGUUUAUAUAAAAUGAAUCAGUAGAUGAUAAAAUUUCAAAACGUUUUUGUAUAUUCUGUUGUAAGAAUUUAUUCCUGUUAUUGCGAUAUACUCUGGAUUCUUUACAUUAUGAAAAAAGAAACUUUGUCUAUUUUGAAUGGCUGAAGCUAAGGCUCCUUUAGUUUCUCUUACUCUGCUUUUUUCUAGUAGUUACAGUACUACAUGAUUUAAGUUAAAUAAAAGAAUUCUGUAUGCA